CUUCACAACCACAAUGCCAGUAUUUCGCUUCACUGUCACGCUCAGAGAUCAGCUUUCACAUUCAGGAAAAGCUCUGAGGUCAUGGCUUCCUGCAGCGUUCCUCUGUCAGAGGUGCAGUUUCAGUGCUGCAUCUGUCAGGAUGUUUUCUCAGAGCCCGUCUCCAUCCCCUGCGGUCACAGCUUCUGUUUCACCUGCAUCACAACACACUGGGACGAUGGCCGUGCAAUCAGCUGCCCCAAAUGCCAUACAGUCUUUGAAGGCUGCCCCGAGCUUUGCGAAAACUCUUUUGCGAAGGAAAUGUCAGAGCAGAUCAGAGCGAGAAGGCAGAAUGGUGUGAUCGCAGUGGCGAAAAAACUCAUACACUGUGACGUGUGUGUAGGAAGGCAAACUAAGGCCCUGAAAUCCUGCCUCAUGUGUUUGACCUCGUACUGUGAGCUUCACCUGGAGCCUCACCUGAGAGUCGCCACCUUGAAGAGUCACAAGCUGAUUGAACCCGUGGCAAUGCUGGAGAACAGGAUGUGCAAAAAGCACCAGAGGCUCUUGGAGCUGUUCUGCCGAAGUGACCAGAGGUGUGUUUGUGUGCUGUGCACCGAGACCGACCACCGCUGCCACAACACGGUCCCGGUGGAACGAGAAAGCCAAGACAAGAAGGCUCAGAUGAAGAGGAUUGAGGAUGAUCUUCAGCAAAUGAUCCAGGAUAGACUGCAGAAAGUGGAGGAGAUUAAACAAUGCAUGGAGCUCAGCAAAGUAAAUUCAAAGAGAGACAUAGAGGAAAGUGUACAGGUUUUCUCCAUUCUGAUUCGUACAAUGGAGAGAAGUCAAGCUGAGCUGGUGGAGAUGCUCCAGAGGAGGCAGGCAGCAGCAGAGCAGCGGGCGGAGAGUCUCAUUGCAGAGCUGGAGCUGGAAAUCACUGAACUACAGCGGAGAAGAAAUGAAAUGGAGCAGCUUUUUCACACAGACGACCACCUCCAUCUCUUACAGAGGUUUCCAGCUCUGAGUUCUCUCCCAUCUGCCAAAUCCUGCUCUGAAAUCAUUGUCCAUUCAGACACUUGUUUGGGGACAUUGAGGAGAGCAGUGUUCAGCAUUGAGCAGCACCUACAAUCAGAACUGAAAAAGCUUUCAGUUCAAGAGCAUGAGAAGAUUCAGCAGUAUGCAGUUGAUGUUCAGCUGGACCCCAGGACAGCCAACCCUUGGCUGGUUUUAUCAGAGGAUGGGAGGCAGGUCUGGGAUGGAAACGCUGAACAAAAGGUGGCUGACACACCAGAGCGUUUUGACACGGCACCAUGUGUCCUCGCCCUCAGGGGUUUCACCACAGGAAGGCACUACUGGGAGGUGGAAGUAGGAGACAAGACAGCGUGGGAUCUGGGUGUAGCUAAAUCAUCAGUCAACAGAAAGGGUUUAGUCACACUGUGUCCAGAAGAUGGUUACUGGACAAUCUGUCUGAGGAAUGGCAGCGAGUACCGGGCGUGUGCCGGACAGGCAGAGCUGCUGUGCCUCUCUCAGAGACCACGGGUUGUUGGGGUGUUUUUGGACUAUGAGGACGGCAGGGUGUUAUUCUGUGAUGCAGAGACGCAGUCACACAUCUACUCCUUUACACGCGUCUCAUUCACUGAGGCCAUUUUCCCCUUUUUUAACCCAGAUAUGAGUGACAAUGGCAGCAAUAAAUCACCACUUAUCAUCCGCCAUGUCAGUGGAAUCUAUGAAGGUGGGGAUUUAGAGGACAUUACUAUAUGA